UUACAGUAUUUUUAUGGUCCCGCUCUUGGAAAAAAUGGAACUACGAACUACGAUAGUUGUGCAAUAGUACAUCAAUGGGUACAUGUGUACAAUAUGAAAUGUACGCCCUCGUAGCCUUCUUACUUGGAAGCGCCUAGAUAUUCAUGUAUCGCUUCAUUCCCAUCAGAAUUGUUCCUAUAAAAGAAGAAAAAAACAAGUAGCCCAUUAUAUUUUGUAUUAAUUUCAUUUCACGUAUUAUCCAAUAUACGUGAAAGAAAAUGCCGAACGUUUUAUUAUCAGAAACGAUUGAAAUGGAGCUUGGAGCCCAGGAACCCUGGCCUCAGACAAUCUCCAUAUAUCAGCCUUACGAAGUGGAGCAAAUACUUUUGCCGGAUAAUGCAAAUUCUUUGGCGGUGCAGGCUUUUUUGAAAAUAUGUGGUCUUAAAUAUCAUGUAGAAAUGAGAAAAAAUGCUGAAUACAUGUCGCCUUCAGGAAGGGUACCAUUCAUUAAGUGCGGCCCUUUUGUGCUUUCGGAUUAUGAAAAUAUCGUCAAGUUUAUCAGUAACAAAGGUCAUAAUUUGUCGCAAGACUUGACUGAUUUGGAAAAAGCUGAUAUGAGAGCUUACAUAUCAUUAAUUAACAACGGAUUGGUUAAUGCCGAACAAUACAUCUGCUGGAUCGAUCCGUUGACUCUGAACGAAGUUACGAAGAAACGACACGGCAGUGUUUAUCCUUGGCCUCUUAACCACAUUAUUAAUUGGGAGAGAGAAAGACAAAUUACAAAACGUCUAAAAGUACUUGGCUGGGCUAACAAAACAUUGGAUGAAGUUUACGCCGAGGUGAAAAUGUGCUGUACAGCCCUCACUGAAAGGCUCGAUAAAAAACCAUAUUUUUAUGGCGAUAAGGGCCCAACGGAACUGGAUGCCCUUGUGUUUGGCCAUCUCUUUACAAUUCUGACAACUCCUCUCGAUGACAACAAGCUCGCUGAGAUAGUCAAAAGUUUUCCGGAUCUCGUUGAUCUUUGCAGGAGGAUCGAGAAGAGCUUUUUUCCCUUCACAAUAUAGCGAUCGAGUAGAAAAAUAAGACUGUACAGAGACCGAAAAGUUAAUUGCUUUGUACAGUAAGACUAUACUGUAAAAAAGAAAUGGGGUUUCCCUCUUUUUCUUCCUUCCUCUCUUUUGAGAGGAGCUCGACGUAUUUAUUUUUGCCGUCGAGGGACAGACUUGAACGAGGAGAAAAUUCUUCUAUGAACGGAGUAUUUUGAGCGGUGCGAAUUUUUCUUGUCAUCUUCUCAUCGUCACAUAUUUAUACAUAGAUUUAUAUCUAUUUAUUUGCAUCGUUAUUUAUUUAUUUCAUUUGUAAAUAUACAUCUCGAAAAUAGGAAAAUUGAAUAUUUUCAUAAACCCGCGCAUCAUUUCCCCUCUCGAUAAGAUCCUGCAGAACCCCAAAAAACGAACGAAAAAAAAACACAAGUAAUAAAGGGGAUCAGGGCUCUUAAAAAAAAUAAGACAAUUUUCAAUUUAUUUAGUUUUUUUUUACUGUCGGGUUUUUUUUCAUAACCUCAUUUUUCUCUUAAUUAUCGUGACAUUUCUAUUUAUGAAUAUAACUGUAACAAAACACUUCCGUCUUUCUUAAUCACUGAACAAUUGAAUACUAUAACCACGAUCGUCGCAACCUUAUCUGUAUCAUAACUUUAUUCACUUUUUUUCAUUAUUAUUAUUAUUCAUUUUUUCUUUAAUUCUCAUUACUAUUAUUCGUGGUCCAUUAGCCAUUCGCUUGAUUUUUUUAAGGAUACACAUCGACUAAACGUAUUUAACAAAAACACGCUCUGUCGAACCAAAUUCGUCCAUUAGUUUCGUGAUUGAAUUUUGUUUUUGUUUUUUUUUCCCUUUUAAAAACUGACCUUGUUUUUCAUCUUACAUCCGGAAGAUCGACGAGGAAGCAUUAAUCGAUUCAUUUUUCAUUCUCGACAAGUGGAUGUCACGAUAGCACGCCGACUAUAAACGAAGUAUAAUUUAUAAAAAUAAAAUUUGCCAAUAAUUCACGCUCGAAUAGAUAAAAAUUUUUAUUUGAUCUAAAUCAAACGCAAUUUUUCGUACCCAUCGAAGAGACGAUUUUUCUUACGCUUUCCUCUUAAACAAGACUUUUUCAAAAUCCACAUGUAUUUAAUAAAAAUGAAAAAACCUUAAAUUCACCUUUCUAACAAUUCCUCAUAAAACUGCAAUUUUGUUCUCUUUCGCUCUUUUUCCUCAUCUUUCUCUGUCUGUCUGUCUGUCUCUCCUCUCUCUCUCUCUCAACGUGUUUGCGCGGUACAUUUUUUCGAAUUUCUGAAAAAUUUAAUCUUGUGCAGGCUACCGAAAAAAUAUCACCGUACAAUACUUCGGGAUUGAUUCGACGGAUAACAUAAACAAAAGUUUAUUAUUCCUAUGCCAAUAAAUAAUUCUGCUGGGGUGCAAUAAACGAAUUUGUGCUCGUCUCUCUUUUAUUUACUAUUAUCCUAGUAUUUCAUUAAUAGCCUGUUUUGUGUCUCUGGAAUUCGAUGAUAUAAAAUAAAACAACAGUCGAAAUAAAAAAAAAAUUAAAAAAAAAAACGAGAUCACGGAGGAAAUAAAAUACUCGUGCCCGCAAAAAACCUUUUUUUUUCUUUU